AUGUUACACACUAUUGGGCAUGUUCCUCAGAUCCGGAAUUCAGGAUGGCUACCUCAGACUCUGCGUGGGCGGUACUUAUUUCCCUUGGCUGGCCUAUUGGCGGCCAUAGGCAUUGUCACCGAAGUCCUUCGCCAGUGGGGUAACGACACUGGCGGUCUUGACGUGUUUAGUUCCUCUGAUGAGAUCACAAUCGCGCGAAGAUUCGUGUUCACCUAUGUCCCGUCCAUCUUGAGCAUGAUUAUAGCCAUCCUAUGGUCUGUCGUGGAAUUCGAUGCUCUGCGUCUUGAGCCGUACUUUCAACUUUCUAAGCCACAAGGGGUGUCGGCUGAGGUGCUUUUGCUAAAUUAUGAAUUCGGCCAUUUUACCACCGCCCCAAUUUUUGCAUUAAAAAAUCGCCACUGGAUGGCGGUUUCUAUCUCGAUAUUGAGUAUCCUCCUGCAAUUAGUGUUUCCCACAUUGCAGAGCAGCCUAUUCAAAAUGGACGAUGCCACAGUCUAUAAUAGCCAACAUCUUGAGAUAUGGCCUGAGUUGAUCAAUAUGGAAGGGCAAGCGUCAAUGUUAUACAACUCGACAGUCAAUCACACAGCCAAUCGGGAUCACCGAUACCUAAGUUAUGACGAACCAGAUUCUAAUAAAUAUGCGAUGGCACCGGUGGACAUUCCUUGGGAUAUCCAGUAUGAUACAAAGAUGUGGGAACUCACCCAAACUGUUUACUGGGCACAGCUGUCUUGUACCGACUUGGCGGUGAAGGAUGGUUUGACGAUUGAUAUUGAGUCUAACAAGUCUACAUCAGAAGCUGCCUUUUUAUCUGACAGAUCGGCGAUCUGGGACAUGGAAAUUGCACCGUCGGUCUCCGAGCGGUGCUCAAUGCAAUUGAGUGAGACAAUUGUCAUGCCACCAACAAAUGAAUCGCUGCAGAUAUCGCAUUGGCAGCCACUUGUAUCUGCGCCGGGCUCUGAAGGCGAGUGCGCUGCUUUUGAUCUUGUUGGUGUCGUCCUUGAUAUCAGCUUGAAUCAAACCAGUGAAAGUGUUAACAGUACUUGGUCGAAUCUACGGGGCUCUGCGUCCUCCCAGAAUGCCAGUGGCUUUGGCUGCCAGAUUCUCUACCGGACGUCAGAGGCCAGCAUCUCACUGCAGGUCAACGGCUCACUCUCCGUUGCGGCAUUGGAUCCAGAUUCCAUAAGCAAUGUUUCAGAGUCAUCCUUGAAUACGACACAUUUCAAAAAUCUUAUUCUAUCAGAAGUGCUUGCAACAAACGGCACCUCUUCCUGGACUACGAAGACGACCGGACAGAGUGCCCCUCAAAACCACCUAACGGCUAGACUUGAUCGAGAUAUUCGAAAGGCUUUCGUGCCGUUGAUGAACCGCAUAUUCGAUCUCGGUGCUCAAUCCAACUAUGUCAAAGCCUCCCAUGUGACACAUCAAAUGGCCAUUAUCGUUGGGCCGUGGCAAUCUCUCAUGUCUGAGGCGAUACUUGCUUUGGGUGUUGUGGUGGCAUUGUACCUAGCCUAUGCUUACCCACGCCGCCCAAACCUGCUUCGAGGAGACCCUGCAUCUAUCGCAUCGAUGUGUGGCAUUAUGGCAGACAUUAUCGAUACAACGCAUAUCUCGCAUUUAAAUUUUGAUCAUUUAUCGACAAGGCAAUUAAGAUCUAUUCUUCGAAACUACAACUGCCGCUGGCAACAGAAUAGAGAACCACCCUGUAUCUGCAUCGAGCCAUCUCAUGUGCCUCGCUCCGCAGAAAGGGCUUCGAAAGCCCGGACUGAUCCAAAACCCCACUUCCUCCUGAUCCCAAUCUUCGGCCUUGAGAUUCUAAUCUUUGCCGCGGCUAUUGCUGGUCUCGCAGCUAUCAUCUCGUUGUGCGUGAAGGAUGGAUACGUGAAGCCACUGACGUUUAUCAGUUCGGGCAGCAUAGCGGUUCUAUUCUCCCUUAUUCCAUCGUCAAUCGCAUCUAUCAUACGUACGAUCUGCCUUUCAAUUUAUCGGUAUAUGAGUGUCCUGGAACCAUGGUCAGUGCUUCAAAUGGGAGGAGCGUCCGCUGCUUCUUCUUUACUGCUUGAAUAUGGGUCCUUGAAUCCAUUUGCCUCACUCUUCAACUGGUUCAACUACAACCAUAUCCUACUCGGGCUGGUAGGAGUGGCAUGUAUCAUCAAUACCGGUCUCAGUAUUCUGGUUAACGGUCUGUUUCAGCAUGAACUUGGCCCUACAACUGUUGAUGCGGAUAUGAAGACAUUGUAUAGCUAUGAGACAUUUGCCAUUCGACAGCCGUCAUCAGUGCUUCCGGAGCUUGAUGUUAUGCGGACUAGCAUUUACAGUGGCGUCUCGCUGCUUCCAUGGACAACCUCGAGUCAUUCCUUUCUCCCCGCUUGGACAGACAACUCUUCAGAUUGGCUCGUUGGGGGCUCCUUGCUGGGUGUUGGCGCUGACAUAAUAUGCCACGAACUUUCGGUCCAGGAUAGCUUCACCCAAGAUCCUGGUUCAAAUGGCGGUCGUUGGAAGUAUACUCCAUCUAACGAGUCGAAUACUACCUGCGAAAUAAAUGCAAUGCAAAACACAAAGGCUACUGAAAAUGAGGGUAUGACUGUCAAUUUCUUCGCCUCGACACCUUCUGAAGCAGCUGACGGCUGCCAUAAGCCAACUGUAUUGGUCGUGGCUCAACCCAGCGGCAGCGAUCACACCCACAUAACUAGUGCCAGCACAGUGGCUAUGAUUUGCGAGUCUUUCAUUGUCAUACAGAAUUUUUCAGUGGCUUUCAACUCGCAGGGAUUCAUACAAAACCAUGUCCCACUCAACAAUACCGCCAUCAGUGAAGGUCCAAUUCUCCAGAACGGGACUUUGAACCUGGACAAUUACAACCGCAGACUUUCUAGCCCUGUCGCUCUUCAUAACGCGUCCCAGGGUCAGAACGUUUCGGCUCAGGUCGACUACUUUGGCAGUCUGACGGUCAGUCUAUACGAGAUAAUGAACUCCAAUACAUCACACAUCGCCUUCGGUGCGCUGAAGACCGCUUCCCGCUCGGUUUAUCGAUCCAUGUUCGCCACUGAUCUUUCGCUCAAGAGAGACGCCUAUUUUCGCUACCUCGAUGCUCCUGCCCAAAUAAAAGAUGGCAUCAUAUACCAUAUGUCGUGGGCCGUCGUUCCAUCUUUUCUGUCAUUCAUUUGUGUCAUGUUAGUCGUGGUAUUUGACGCAUGCAUUGUGGCCUCAGUUUUUAUUACUAGGAGGUAUCGCUUCAAGUUUCCACGGAUUCCUCGAUCCAUUGGUUCUGUCAUGCCCUGGGUUACUCAAAGCCGGAUCUUAGAUGAUUUUAAAGGCACAUAUGCAUGGAGUGAUGACGAGCGACGGAAGCACUUCGCUGAUCUUGACAAAAGGUAUAAACUCGACAGAAUGGAGACGCUAGAUGGGAAGUGGAAGUUCAUUCUGGAUGAAGACAGGGCAGUGAGCGGCGAUGGUGAUUCGAUUUUAGAGGAGCCAGAGCCAAAAAGCACCUCGAAAAUUCGGCUUCGGGUAUUAUUCAGGCGGACAACUUCCGAAUCCUCAGAUGAGAACCAGCACGGAUGA